UCAGGAGAAGAGAGGCAGCGGAGAGGACGCCAUGUGCUUAUGAGGCAGAGGGAGUGAACAGGGAACCGGCUGUGACAGACUUUGCUUGUUUUAUUUUUACGGUACACCGGGGGAAACGGCUCCAGUUAACGUUAGCAUGUACUGCACCAGACGCUGCCUCCAGACCGCGCUGCGUGUCGCGGCGACCUCACACCGGCAACAGCUUCAGCGACAAACGCCAGCCGUGUGUGCUCUCAGACUUCUGAAGACCAGCUCUGCCCUCCACUCAGGCGCCAUCGCCACCCCUCCUCUUGACGGAGCACCCAAACAGUUUUCCCCGAAAAUCCAACAGCUCGUCGGUGACAUAGCCAGCCUCACUUUAUUAGAGGUGUCGGACCUCAACGAGCUGCUCAAGAAAACUCUGAACAUUCAGGAUGUUGGAAUGAUGUCGAUGGCUGCCUCAGCUUUACCUGCCGCUGCUGCAGAAGAGGACGAGGCACCAGUCAAGAAAGAGCAGACUCACUUUACAGUCAAAUUGACAGAAUUAACCGCAGCUGACAAAGUUAAACUGAUAAAAGAAGUUAAGAACUGCAUCCAAGGCCUGAAUCUGGUGCAGGCUAAGAGACUAGUGGAAUCUCUUCCCCAGGAAAUCCGAGUCAACGUGUCCAAAGAAGAGGCGGAGAAACUGAAAGCAUCCCUGGAGGCAGCAGGCGGCACCGUCGUCUUGGAGUAGCUCCACGUGCCAACCUGUUGUCCACCAUUUUGCUGCUCAUGCACUUAAACCUUCAUUCUCUUAUUUUCUUCUUUUUUUUUUUACGUGACAAAGAGGAGCAUCCUCGGGAAACAAAGAAAUGCCUUCUGACAUGAAUACUGUCUCUCAACAGCAUCAGAUGGGGCAGUACAACUCAGACUGAACUUUCCAGGCACACAGCCUGCACAAACAGCCACCCAGCUGUUCCUUUUUGUCUGUUCUUGUGUCUUUCUGAUACUUGUGAAACAAACAAGCGACAAAUACUGGCCUGACUGACAAGUCAGUUGGUCAAUUUGUGUGUGUGUGUGUGUACGUUUAACUUUUCACAGAAGAAAAGAUUAUGCACUAGGGACAUGGUUAACAUUCCCUAUGUGGAAAAACACCAGAUACUGUAUCUAGUUCAGGGUGGCAGGGCUGAGUCCUUAUUACUUAUAGAAUUGUUAAUAAUGUGAUUAAAGUUGAAAUAUCCAUAAA